UGAAAGUGCCGUCACUGUGAACUUUGCUCUCUACGAGGCUUCAAUUUCCAAUUAGGGUUUCGCUUAGGGCAAAGAGAAGAGUAGCCAUGGGAGUCUUCACAUUCGUUCUCCGCAAAUCCGGCAGCGAAUGGUCUGCCAAGCAAUUCUCCGGCGACAUCGAGGCCUCCGCUGACUCCACCUUCGACCUCCAACGGAAGCUCGUUCAUGCCGCUCUCGCCGUUGAUUCCUCCGGCGCCGUUCAGUCCUCUUUCUCUGUGGUGGACCCUUCCUCCGCUGUCUUCCAGGUGGUAGUGGGUGGUGCAGUGUUCGUUGGAGGUGGUGCUGUUGCUGCAGCAGCUCCUGCAGGAGUUGCUGCCUCAGCUGGAGAGGCGGCCCCGGCUGAGAAAAAGGAAGAAAAGGUGGAGGAAGAGGAAGAAGAUGAAGACUUGGGAUUGUCACUCUUUGAUUAGAGUUUUAAUGUUUUUUCUUUAAUUUUGAUGGAAAAGGGAUUUUUGUGUUGAAUGCUAUAUAUUGUAUUUGUCUAUUGGUUUGCGCCAGCUAAACGGUACACUAAACAUAGAGUUUUGUGCUGCGACCUCAAAGGUUCUUCUGUAUCGUGUUUACUCGAUGCUUUAUUUAUGUAGUAUCACGCACACUUUUUCCCUUGUCACUGCCAGAUAGAUGUCGGUGCUGAUACUACAUUCAACUGUUUUUACCAUUAACUUUUUCUUUACACG